AACAUUUUAUCUGAUGGCAUAAAAGUUGAGCCAGUGUCACGGUAAAUAGAACUAAAUUAAAAUGGCCAAAGGGAAAGGAAAAAAGGGCAAAAAAGCUAAGAAACCAGUGGAGAUUGAUCCGAAUGCUUUAACAGAAGUCGACAAAACAUUUUACGAACUAACUAUUACUGAUUUAAAUCGAAAAUUGGCCAGAUUGAGAUCCCAAAACCAAGAACUAGAACAGAAAAAUGAAGAACUGGUACAAGAAAAAGAAAAACUGGACGAAGAUAGGAACGAUAUCAUCAUGUAUCUUAAAAGAACUCUGCAAGAAAAAACAAGUGAAAUAGCUGAAUUGGAGGAACGAAUAACUGCCAUGAAACAGGAGCAAGAAGAUACAACCCAAAUGUACGAGGAAAAAAUUGUCGAAAUGACGAAUGAAUAUAACACAAUGCAUGAUCAGUUAACUUCUGAAAAUAAACUGUUAGAAGGAAAAUUAAAUUCACUGGAGGAAUUCCGAUCUCAACGCGACGAACUGAUGAAAAAAUUCGAAACCCAAGAAAACGACAUGGAAGCGCAAGAGAAACGUCACAAGAGGGAAAUGUACGAAAUAGAAAGAAAAUUCAUAAUUGCCAAAGAUCGCUUGAAGAAAGAUAUGGAAGCCAAACUCCGUCAGCUCUCCACAGAAUUCCACGAUGCUACAGAGCUAAGAAUAGCUGCUACAACACACCGAGUAAUUCGAGAGAAUAUUGCUGUGAAUAAUGAACUGGAUGUCCUCUUGAACAACCAGCAGAAACUGUUUAAUGAAAACGUGAAGCUCAAAGAUAAAGAUUCCAAUUUGCAUCGUCAAGUUGAGCUGCUUGAGGCAGAAAAGACGAAAGCUUUGGCUAAAGUGAGAGUACAAGUAAAAUUGAUAGAUAGAUUAUCAGAUGACAAUGAGUUUUUAAUCAGCCAACGUGACCACUACAAGGCAUAUGAAACAAAAUAUUUAGAAUGUUGUAGGAAAACUAAAGAUCUCACAGAAAAAUUAACAUGUUCCGAACAUGACAAAAGAAUCUUGGAACAAAACCUUCACCAUGUUAGAUGCGAUAGAACUGCUAUACAAACAGAUUAUUUGUAUUUACAAGAAGAGAAUGAAAGACUGAACGAAAUAAUGAUAGAGGCAGUUAGUUGUAUCAAGGAAGCUUUAAUUGUUAGAAUUGACAGUGAUAUGUCAUUUAAAGCUUCCAAACGCGACAAUUUGCUGAACUCUCUGUUGACUUUACUAAACAAAGCUAGAGACCAUAAAAUACGUUGUCCUUCAUUAGAAACUGUUUCCCUAUUUGAAGCUACAUAUGCCAGAGGAGACCUAGGUUUUGUACCGAAACCCGUAGAGCUACGAUCAGCGGUUCCCGUUAGAAGGAAUAUGGAUACUCAAACAGGAGCUAGCUUUGAAGAAUACAUAGCUACAGGCUACAUUGCCAAGACUAAGAUGCUGUACUCGGAAAUUGAAGAUGAAGAAGAUAUAGUUGAACAAAGUGAAGGAGAACUUCGCGAAGAAGAAGGUCAGCAUGAAAGUGUUUUGUAUUUUGAUGAUCAAGAAAUUCCAGGAGAAGAGUCCUCUGAUGAUGGGACUAACUUGUACGAUUUAAUUCCUGAGGAAGAACCAGUCAGAGAUGAACAAACUACUGAUGUAGAGCAAGUUCAGUCUCCAAAAGAAGAUGAACCAGAAGAAAGAACCUCCAGAACUUCUGGAGACCAAAAGUUUUCAGAAGAAAGAACUUCCAGAACUUCUGGGGACCAGAAGUUUCCAGAGGGAAGAACCUCCAGAACUUCUGGAGAACAGAAGUUUCCAGAAGGAAGAACCUCCAGAACUUCUGGAGACCAGAAGUUUCCAGAAGGAAGAACCUCCAGUACUUCUGGAGACCAGAAGUUUCCAGAAGGAAGAACCUCCAGAACUUCUGGAGAUCAGAAGUCUCGAGGAAAAAGAACCUCCAGAAACUCUGAAGACCAGAAGUCUCCAGAAGAAGACUUGAAUACAAAGAGUGAUUCAAAAACAGAGCAGUAAAUCUUAUUUGUAAAACUUUUAGGAGCAAUAUGAAGACAAAGAAACAGAGAAGUAAUUAUUUGGAGAAAAAUUCUUCUAGUCCGCUUAGUCUGAUAUAAAAUACAUAGUCGUGAUUAGUUUAUGCUUUGCCAAUACAAAAUUGUAUAUAGAAUAUACAUUUCCCUCAAAAAUUAUGGAGUUUUUUUAAUCACUUUUACAAUUAUUUACAAUUACUUCAUAUAUAGAUUAUCUUCUUAUUAUUUUUGUGUAGAGAUG